AUAUAGCGAACUUAGAAGAUAAAAGCAAGAGGUGGCACAAACUGCCAUUAACGUUAAGCUUGCUUAAGCUUCAAGGAGUAGUUAAAGUAAUAAGAAAAAACCUUGCCCCUUAAUGUUUGGCGCCAUCACAUAACUUCACAUGAAAUAAAUAAAUAAAUAAAUAAAUAAAUAAAAUAAAAGGGUUCGUUAAAUCAGCAAAAUAGUGCGUGCUUCACCUCCAACUCGGGUUUCCACUCCCAAAACGACGACGCUGGUGGAGUUCAUCGUCGUCGUUUAAUAAACACAGUCACGCUUUCUAGUUUCUACUUUGCCGAACGCAAGUAUAAACUAUAAAGAGUAGUAAACGACACGAGAUCUUAACCGUCGCGUUUUCAAAGGCGUUCCAAACGCAGCGAAUCGAUGGAAUUCGACCCGAUCCCAAUCGGUUCCUGCUCCAAAGAGAACCAGAUCAUCUACCAGCAGUGGUUCAAUUACGCCGAUUCAGAUGGCGAUGGCCGCAUUACGGGGAGUGAUGCCACCAAGUUUUUCGCCAUGUCCAAUUUGUCUCGCCAGGAUCUUAAGCAGGUGUGGGCUAUUGCGGAUUCGAAGCGACAAGGAUAUCUUGGUUUUGCAGAGUUCAUCAUUGCUAUGCAGCUAAUUUCUUUGGCACAAUCCGGCCAACCAAUAACACAAGAUCUUCUUUCUAGUGGUGUUGAGCUGAAAAACUUGAAACCUCCCACAAUGGAUGGUUUGGAUGUAUUAAUGGCUAAGAAAAGGCAUAAAGAAAAAGAAGUUGAUUCAAAUGGUAAUUUAUUCCCACUAUUACUGAAUAUGGGUAUUUGUAUUCCUUUGGUUUCUAUAUUCCUCUUUCGUCUUGAAAAUCCAGUUUCAGUAGUUAGCAAUAAUGCAGGUAGUUCUCCAUUGCAGCCAUCACCAUCUUCAAGUAGUUGGUUCUCUUCGAAGUCAACAAAAAAGGUUUCACUUUCCUCCGUGACCUCAAUAAUUGAUGGCUUGAAGAAACUCUACAUCCAGAAGUUGAGGCCAUUAGAAGCUACUUAUCGUUUUAAUGAUUUUGUAUCCCCAUUACUGACAAAUAGUGACUUUGAAGCAAAGCCAAUGGUUAUGCUUUUGGGUCAAUACUCAACUGGUAAAACAACAUUUAUCAAACAUCUACUUAAAAGUAGUUAUCCAGGAGCCCAUAUUGGACCGGAGCCUACAACUGAUCGGUUUGUUGUUGUCAUGUCUGGACCUGACGAGAGAAGCAUUCCUGGAAAUACUGUUGCUGUCCAAGCAGACAUGCCAUUUAGUGGUCUUACAAGUUUUGGCACCGCAUUUUUGUCAAAAUUUGAGUGCUCUCAAAUGCCUCAUCCGCUACUGGACCACAUUACAUUUGUGGACAGUCCCGGAGUUUUAUCCGGAGAAAAGCAACGAACACAACGGGCAUAUGAUUUUACAGGUGUAACAUCUUGGUUUGCUGCCAAAUGUGAUUUGAUACUCCUCCUGUUUGAUCCUCACAAGCUUGAUAUUAGUGAUGAAUUCAAGCGUGUGAUCUCAUCCUUGCGUGGGCAUGAUGACAAAAUUCGAGUAGUUUUGAACAAGGCAGACCAAGUUGAUACUCAACAACUAAUGAGAGUUUAUGGAGCAUUGAUGUGGUCACUUGGGAAGGUGCUGAAUACACCUGAAGUCAUGCGUGUGUAUAUCGGCUCCUUCAACGAUAAACCCAUAAAUGAUGCUGUCAGUGGUCCAAUCGGUAAGGAACUCUUUGAAAAAGAACAAGAGGACCUUCUUUCAGACCUAAAAGAUAUACCAAAGAAGGCCUGUGAUCGAAGAAUCAACGAAUUUGUAAAACGGGCACGAGCUGCCAAGAUACAUGCUUACAUUAUCAGUCAUCUUAAAAAGGAGAUGCCUGCUAUGAUGGGCAAAGCUAAAGCUCAGCAAAAGCUUAUUGAUAAUCUGGCUGCAGCAUUUGGAAAGGUACAAAGGGAGUUUCAUCUACCUCCUGGAGACUUCCCAGAUGUUGAACAUUUCAGAGAGACUCUAAGUGGUUAUAAUUUUGACAAGUUUGAGAAAUUGAAACCAAAAAUGAUACAGGCAGUAGAUGACAUGUUAGGUUAUGACAUUCCAAACCUCUUGAAAAAUUUUAGGAAUCCAUAUGAUUAGUUUUACGAGCAAUUGAGCCUGUUAAAUAAUUAAAUAAUCAGUAGUUUAUUGGAGUUUAGGCAUUUGUAGCAGACUCUGUAUACCAUGUAUCAUGCCAUUUUUUAUGUAACGUGCCUUUUUUUUUUUUCGUUAA